AUGAAUUCAUUACUCACCGAAUUCAGCGACGCUGCUGUGGUAUACCCAGCGCACAACAAAAAAUGCAAAAGGUUUGCAAUGACAUUGUCCAGAACUCUGAACGCCGAAAUCUUUAAGAUUUCAGUGUACAACCCUUACCACACCACAAACAGACUUGUCGUUAGUUGGCAUAGAACAUUGGCAAGGAAAACAAGGUCCUUUCAAAAGAGGAUAGAGUGCAUUUCGUCGUGCUCCAUCGACAUUGACAAAUUCAGAUGUAUCAUCAUCGUCUCUGAAAUGGAUGGAAACCAUAUGGCUACAGAGAGCCUGUCCUUCAUUAAUUCGUUUUACAUGGUAAUUGCAUCGAGUCCGACAAAGCCGUUGGUGGUCGGACUUGGGGGUUCACAGAGGAAGUUUGAAAAGGACAUAGCUCGUGUCCAGGCACUCUUCGUUUCGGAAAAUGCGGUGGUAGAUAUGCCAAUUUUCAUUUUGAACAAACAAGUUUUAAAGUACCUCAACACGAUAGAUGCAAUGCUGCAAUACAUCACUCUACCAAAGAGGAAGGAAUCAAUUAGACCAAUACCACAAAGACCAACAAUGUUCACCGAAAGAACGACGAGCAGAGCUAAAUACCGACAGUCCACAUCAAGGAGUAUAUCAGCGAAAGUAACAAGGUCUAUUUCGUCAAAUUCCGACUAA